CUUGUUUUUAUUUCAACGUCCUUAUCUGAUAAACCGUUAUCUUUUUGAUAUAUGUACAGUACUCGUCAAGCCGAACCUCAGUUCUUUGUUUAAUCUAGUUAACAAGGUACAUCAAGGAGACACGUAAAUAAAUAGACGUUUCAACGUGUAAGAUGCCAACCUCAUCCUCUGCGUCAUCAAAGUCUGCCACUGCAUCACCGAGGGGAUCAGCCGGAGGUGCUCGGCAGAGAAAGGCACCGGCUUCUUCAGCUAGACGACCAGUUGCUCCAACUGCACAGAAAAAUCCUGUUUUCCUAUUUUAUUCAGAAGAUUCUCCCGGAAUCAAAGUUGGACCUGUACCAGUACUAGUUAUGAGUCUGUGUUUCAUAGUUUCUGUAUUUCUUUUGCACUUCUGGGGUAAAUAUACCCGCAGUGCUUGAAAUAUUUACUAUAUUACUUAUUUUGUGAUCACUUGGUGAAUGAUGUGAGGACCUAUUUAAUAAAAUUGGUUGAAUAACCAUGUUACCAAGUACUGUUUUGAAUAAUUUCUUUAAAACAGCCUAGGUCUUCACGCAUCUCCCAGUACGUAAAUCAAAGUCCAUUUCUACUGAAAAUGCCAUACAAUCUACUCUAGUUGUAUGGGUAUCUUCUUUUUCAUAUUUAUUUCCACUGGUUUUACCACCAGUUUGCUUUUAUACUGGUGUAUAAGAAACAAUAAACCACUUUGUAACUCAUAGUUUUAUCCAAGUUGUUACAUUAAUAAAUUCCAAACUAGUUA